UCAGGGACACAUACACUCUGUCUUCUGUUUCUACACACCAAUUUUUUUUCUUCUGUUUGUUUAAGAAUAACUUAAAUUUUUCUGGAAACACACACACACACAAACACACAGAGUGGUAGUGGUACAUGGUUGUAUUGGGCCACAAUGCCUGUGUUCUACUCCCCCAUACCCCAGAACCUCCGGAUGGGCCUGGCCUCCGUCGGUGGGUCUGUGUUCACUAACAACAGGACAGGGGACUUUAGCAGUGACUAUAACAAGGACCAGGAUGAUAAAACAGUCAAUGAGUUGGUGUCCCACCUGCCCCUUCAGAUGCUCCUGUACUUUAACAUGUUCUAUUUCCCAUGCUGGUGGGUCUCAGCUGUUCUCAUGCUGGAUCUAAAGUUGUAUUACCUGCCUGGGUACUACCAGGCUUUACUUGUGACUGGAGUGGUUCUGCUUACCAUCUGUGAAAUCACCAGGCUCUAUCUGGGCUAUGUCGGAAACCUCAAAGAGAAAGUACCAGAGCUGGCUGGGUUCUGGCUGAUCUCCUUCCUGUUCCAGCUGCCCAUCCUACUCUUCUUCCUGACUGACGAGGACAUCAUCAUCCUCCCUCUGGAGAGGGCCGUCCACUCCAUCUACCUCCUCUUCAUCCUCUCAGAGCUCCUGGCUUCCUUCUUCGCCCUCAGGGCCAUGACCAGGAAGUUAACCCUGCUAUUCCACCUCAGGCAGUUUGGGGAGGUGGAAAACCUUGACCAUCACCACCUCCACCACCUCCACCAUCACCACCUCCACCACCUCCGCCCAGCGGGGAAGAGCCCAGCCUUCGGCAUGCCAAAUUAUGGGAGGACUGUUCUGCCAAUGCCGCCAUACACCAAUAACGUUCACAGUCACUGAGAGAACACAGAGAGACAGCCAGGGACACUGUGCCUGGGUUGGAUGGGACUGGGAGAUGGGGUACGAUCUGGAGUUAAAGGUGUAGGGGUGAAUAGUUUAAUGUGGAAGAGAGUUGUUGUGAACACAGCCUUUAAAUGUUUUUCCAAAGAGGGAGGACGCUUUUGAAGUGUUCCAUGAUGUCCAAAAUAUUAUGCUGGAUUUUGUGAUCUUUAUGACAUGAUGAGUUGAUGCACUGUUUCAUAGUGGUUGUGUUUUCAUUUAUAGAUAUUUUUAAAAAUAUUGAACAUUGGUAGUAGUGAUAGCCAUAACAUAUUAGAACCACAUGGUGGCACUAAAUGACCAUAAGAGGGGUUAGUAAUAAACUGAAGAGCGUGGCAAAGUCCCAAUUGUAAGGCAGAAUAAUCACAGACUGUAGUGCUGCACAGAUACUGGUUAGAGAGCCUUUCUGAUUGUCUUUACAAGUGUAGCUUGUCUGAAGCUGUCAGACAGAUACAUUAAGGAGACAGACCAAUGGCAGCACAGUGUAAUAGAGCACUUGAGAAAAUAUGCUAGAUAACACAUCUCUAAUUAAUAUUAAUUCAAUUAAAAUCCUAUAAUUCAAUUAAAAUCCUAUAUGCCAAACAACAAGUUAUUUGGUUGGGAAGGAAGAAAGUGGUUCUCUUCAAAGAUUUAACAGUUUUCUUUCAAUAACAUAUUUCUAUUACGCAACUAAAGACGUAUAAUAACCAGCAUACAAGUAACCUUGCAUCAGACCACCGAUCCUAAAGGUUAUCUACAAAGAACACUAUGAUUGUAUAUCACUAAAUAGAAAUCACAGCCUCAAUGCGUUUCGAGUCAAGCUUAUCUCUCUCUAGCCGUGGUUCCACCUUGCAUUAACAUGUGGUUGUCCUCAUCAGAUCAAGAUUUGUUGCGUCUACACAUGGUAAUAAAAUGUGUCUCUUGUCUUCGUUCAUAUUGUGACCAGA